AUGUCCGUCGUGGGGUCCCUAAUCUUCUGUACGCAGUGUGGUAAUCUGCUCGACAACCCAUCGGCUGUGCAGCACUCCGACAUCCAGUGUGCACAGUGCGGAGCUGCCUACGACAAGUCCAAGUUUUCCGAUCUCCGGGUUGUAACGCGUACCGCGGACGAUGCCUUUCCCUCGGCGUUGAAGUCCAAGCGCUCUGUCGUGAAAACCUCGCUCAAAAAAGACGAACUGGAAGAAGGUGCCACCAUCCGCGAAAAGUGUCCCAAAUGCGGCAACGACGAGAUGCACUACCACACCUUACAGUUGCGGUCUGCAGAUGAAGGUGCCACUGUCUUCUACACAUGCACCUCCUGCGGCUACCGCUUCAGAACCAACAAUUGA